AUGAUCUGGCGCGCCCUUCUGGCGGGCGCGGAGGCGGCGGGCCCGCUCCCCGACCUGCCCGCUGGUGCGCUGCGUGCUGCCGAUCUGGAGAAGGCCCUCUCGCGACCGCGGUUGGCGCCAGGCGCGUGGGCCAAGCCGCAUGCCGAGACUGUGUCCUUCGUUUCGGGCCUUGCUGCGGGCUGGCGCCCGGCCGAGCGCGAGCCUCAGCAGCCGCCAGGGAUGCGCCGCGCAUGCGGUGCCGUGGCCUUCUCGGCCCCGCCGCUGGCCUCCGUGGCGCCCCAGGCGGCGUGGCAGGCGGGGGGCGCCCUGGCGCCGCCGCCGCGCCCGGCGCUGCUGGGGUACAAGUCAGGUGCAGGUGCGUCUGGCGUGGGCUCCGACGUCGACGACGCGAUCCUGGACGGUGAGUCCGACGCGGACACCUCGUGCUCGGUCGGGGAGCAGCCAGACGCCGAACACGGGGGAAGUGUUGCAGCCGCCGCCGCCGCGCACUUCGCCGCCUUCCCGCGGGCCCACUUCAGCGGGGGCAGCGGCGGCAGGGCUCGCUGCGAGGUCGCGGCAGGGGCUUGGUGGCGAGCGAGGGCCGUCGUCGCCCGUGCUUGGCUCACCGCUGGUGCUGCGACGGCGCAGGGGCGCGGUGCCGCGGGUUCCGCCACCCCGCCGCCGCCGCUGCUCGACGCGACCGCGCCCCCCGGAGGGCAGGUCGCGCGGGCCGAGUGCCCGCUGCCAGGGUGCGCUGCUGGCGCCGAGGCGCCGCCGCUGCUGCGGAGAGUCCGCUUCGCAGAAGCCCCGCGCGCAUUCGAGAUUGGGAGCUGCUUGGGCCUGGGUGGCAUCCUUCGGCGGGCGAGCGCUCCAGGGUGUCUGGGCCCCGCCUGGGCGCGCCGCGCAAAAGCCGUAGACCUGAUGCGCAUGAUCGAGGGCGACUCCUGUGGCCUCAGGAUUCCUCCAACACGGAGGCCGCAGCGACAUAGAGCGAGAUUCGCGGACGAGUCUCGUUUGGUCGAGGCCCUUCCGCCAGGGAUGUCCGUUGAGCGCUCCAGAGAGAUCGAUCGCCUUAUGCGAUUGUGCGGAGGACGGUAG